AGUGCUUUGGGGACACUUGCGAGCAGGUGCGAGCGAUUCGCCGAGCGAGUGGUAAUAGAGAAGAGGUACUCUUCAGGGUCCGCGAGAGGAGGCGCCGAGGAAGGGGACGGUCGUGGCCGAGGACGGUAUCGAUUGUCGGGAGGCCCGGUACACGCAAGCUCCCUGGCUCGCUCUCUCGAUGAAUGACUCGCGGCCGAUACACGUGCCAGUGGACGGGCAGGAGUGCUAAUCGGGGAAGGAGGGUCGGCGGCGAUCGGGUGCCCCUCUUCGGGAUCGAGAUGACCGGGCGCCAGUUCCUCGUCGUCGUGGCGCUCUUCGCUGGCCUCGGCCUGGCCGAGGUUCGCUACUUCCGAGAUCGCGAGGUUCCUGAUGACCUGGCCACGAGUUACCCAGAGUCGCGUGGAUUCUAUGGUGAACCGAUCAUAAGAGCCAUCCUGGAGUGGCGGGCGCAGAAUCCGCACCUGGUCGACGCGUUACAGGAGCUAGAGAGGAUGCAGCAAUCCAGAGGAAGAUUUUUUCCCUGGUUGAAGCAGGCAAGCCACAGAAGGCGUCGUCCAGAAGACGAGGAUGCGCCCUUCCUGGAUUUGGACACAGCAGUUCUUGGAACCUGGCCCGAGUUCACCUUCGAGUUCGAUGAGGCGAAUCCUCAAGAGGAGAGACCUUUUGCAGUGCGACCGAAUGAUCCUCGAUAUUAUCAGGAUACUUCCUUCGACGAAGGUGAGGAUACAGGUCCACAAGAGGAGUCCGGCUUCACUGAAACAACUCAAGGAACAACUCAGGAAAUAAUUCAGGAGAUGACUCUUCCGGAGUCGGACUUCAUGCCCGACACCGAGGUCAUCUCAAAGCAGGGGAAAUUUAAAGAAAAGGAAGAACAACCUGAAGAUACCAUGCCUGAACCUCACAGGAGGGCGCAACACGAUCCUUUGGUUCUCCCCGUGGGUCAGGCAUUCACCAAUGAUAUAUAUUUCAUCGCUGUUGUGGCAGGAUGCAGUGCUGCGGCUGUUUUCGCGCUGGUGCUUAUCGGUCUCACCUGGUGCAGGUUGCAACGUGGGGUCAAAGCAGCAGCAGAUAUCGAAUAUCCUGCGUAUGGCAUAACAGGUCCCAACAAGGACGUAUCACCUUCCGGCGAUCAGAGGUUGGCCCAGUCGGCGCAGAUGUAUCACUUCCAGCACCAGAAGCAGCAGAUUAUCGCCAUGGAAAAUCGAACGGCUGCAGCUCGUGAUCCUGGUUCCGUCUCCGAGGCCGAAAGCGACGAAGAGAACGAAGAAGGUGACUACACGGUAUACGAAUGCCCAGGACUUGCACCUACCGGAGAAAUGGAGGUGAAGAAUCCAUUAUUCCAGGACGAUCCGACGCCUGCCACGCCGGCGCAAAAUAACGAAGGGGACCACAUGUAGCUCUCGUAAAUCCCGGUCACAGGCCACCCAGAACCUACCCCCGGUGCUUAGUUCACUUUUCAACUGUCAUAUCUACAAUGUUUACCUAUAUAUUGGAUUAUACAAUUUUACUAUUUACACGAGGCGCGACGAGGCGGGCGGGAGAGUCCCGAGGGACUCCCAGGACUACAGCGACUGAUCGACUACAUUGCCCACGAUUACGCUAAGGGAAACUAUAAGUCUGUUAAAUCGACGGAGUAAAAAAUCAUUCUUCGCUGUCAAAUCGAAUCACCGGCCGCCCUCCUGAGAUUGUUUUCAAUCAGUCGGUUGCUAAUGAAUCAUGCAAGUGGGGACGGAUUUUUUUUCGUUAAUUCGAGCGAUUAAGGUGAUAUGAAAGGGUCA